AUGUCAUCGUCAAACCUCCCAGAACUCUACGGGGCUCUCACGAUGCACCAGCAACCUGAUGCUCCAGGAGACGCAACAGAAUCAGCUGCUUCCGUGCACUGUUCCAACGAUGACAUGCUGGCUACUCCAGAGAGGACAAUUGAAAAGUGCGACUCGCAAUCAUCGAAGAGCGUCAAGCUUGUCGACACAAAGGAAUACGAGGCAAGUGUUCCUUUAGAUGACGAGCUCGAAACCAUCAUUGCUGAGGAUGACCUCGUCAAUGAAGAGGCAGAGCGGAAGGCUCCCACAGAGUCAGUUGUGGUGGACAUCGUCAGGCGGCUGCAGGAAGCGCUGCUGGAAAAGAGCCCCUGCCAGGAGGACGAUCUGAUGGGAGCGCUGAGCCUUUCGCAGGCUCAGCUAAUCAUCGAAGAAUACGGCACCGUGACGGCCUUUGCUGACCGGCACCCAGCAUUUCGAGUGGUGCGCGAGGACCAGCUCUCCUUUGUCUUUUACAAGGACCACGAAAACGAAGACGCUUGCCAUUCCACAUCCCAUCUUCAGGAGGGAGCAACUACCAUCCCGGCAGCUUCUUACGACGACGGUGCACGGCAGCACGCGGAGGGUUAUGACGACGAACCUCGGCGCACCUGCGUCAGCUCAUCGAACAGCAGCGCUUACGAGUCCGCCGUCGAGGAAGCGGACGGGGAACAAGAAGAGGGCAGCAUGAAGGUCGGCUGGAGCCACGUAUCGUCACCACCAGCUCUGCAGGCAGUACAAGAAACGUGCGAUACCAAGGCCCAGAAGCAGGAAUGGGACCCUGCCGUGUUCAUCGAGAUGCAGUCGACGCUGGAAAAGAACGAAGCAGAGGUCGCGGAGCUCAAAGGAAGGAUGGAAGCUCACCGGGAGAGUGAUGACAGCGAGGAGCAGGAGCUCCGAGUCAAAAUCGACGAGCUUUUCCAGAUGCCUCCAAAGGAACAGACACAAAAAGCGGCAGAAGUGAAGAACCCCACCGCCAUAAAAGAUAAACCCACCGGCACUAAUGGGGAAGACGACCAGGUGAGCCCGCGGCAUCCACUACCUAUUCCGGGGCCCGAGGAUAAAGCGCGCUCGGUUCCUGUCGACCCAUUGCCACGACCACAACCUCCGUCAGACAAAGAGCUUAGUAAGCACGCAACACCGCCGUCGGUACCAGACUUCUCUGAACGGCCUGGCUGUAAGGAAGAGGUUGCAGCUUCAUGCUCGGACGUCGAGUCCAUGCGGCCCAGUCCGGAAGAAGUGCCAACGAAGAGCAAGGUGGCAGAACAAAUUUCAAAGAUAGUGCGCAUGGUCAAGAAGAAGGAGCCGAGCUGCACCGACGACGAGAUCCGCAGGCUGUUCGACCAAGUGCGCCAGUCACGCGGUGGAUUCUCCCGUAUGACUUUCAAGGCCAUCGUUGAACUUUUGCUUGACAACAUGAAAGCCAUGCGUCCGCAACAGAAUUGA